AUGACUUCAAAUCGUGUUGCUGCUGGAACAGGUAUUGAAGGAUCAGCCUCAAAUGAACUCGAUGGUCCUGGUGGAAUUUUUGUCGAUGUAAAUUUUGAUUUAUAUGUAGCAGAUUGUGGAAAUGAUCGGAUUCAGUUGUUUCAGCCGGGAGAAUCAAAUGGUAUUACAGCGGCUGGAAGUGAAUCACUAAAACCAACAAUCGAACUUUACUAUCCCACUGCAUUAAUAUUAGAUGCUGAGAAAUAUUUAUUCAUUAUGGAUAAUAACAAUCAUCGCAUUGUUGGUUCAAGCUUGAAUGGAUUUCAAUGUUUAGUUGGAUGUUAUGGAAUGGGUUCACAAUCCAAUCAAUUGAAUAGUCCACUUAGUUUUAGUUUUGAUCGCUCGGGGAACAUGUUUAUUACUGAUACAUCAAAUUCUCGAAUCCAAAAAUUUGAAUAUUUGGAAGAAUCAUGUGAUAACUCAUCAAAAAUAAAAUCAAUGUAUUUAUCAUUGUUGACACCAAAUAGUUCAAUUUAUUUUCAAGAAUGUUCCGAGUUAGGUUCCUAUUACGGAGCGAUACAAAUGAACGUAACUGUAACUGGAUAUUAUGCUUUUUUAAUCAACAGCGAGAUGAAGAUCAUGGACGCUUAUAUCUACACGAAUAACUUCAAUCCAUUCGAUGUAUCCAAAAAUGUGCUGAGCCAUAGUAGAGACUCUGAUAAUCAAGGUCAAUUUAAAAUCACAGCUGCUCUUCAAGCCAACAUGAUAUAUGUUGUCGUUAUAACAACAUCUUCUCGGAAUUUAACAGGAAAUGUUUCGAUCCAAGUAUCUGGUCCAAAUUAUAUCGAUUUCAAUCGUAUUUUGAAUACUUCAUCAGUUGUUCAAACAACUUAUGUAUCAAAAUUGACAACGAACAGUUCAACGUAUUUCCCUCAGUGUGCAGGGUUAAGUUCUUACUAUGAAGCGAUACAAGUGAAUGUUCGUAGAAGUGGUCUUUACACUUUCUUCAGCAAAAGCGGUAUGGACACAUACGGUUCGAUUUACAAUGAAUAUUUCAAUCCAUCCAAUCCAUUUGAAAAUCGACUCUCAGACAAUGAUGAUAGCUGCGAUCAAGAUCAAUUUAGAUUCACAAUUGCUCUUGAGAGUAGUAUUAAAUAUAUAUUGGUUGUGUCCGCAUUUUUCUCCAAGGUAACAGGUGAAUUCUCAAUCUUUGUAUCUGGCCCAGAGAAUGUUGAUCUCAAGAAUAUUAGUUCGCCAUCAGCCAUGCGAAAACCAUAUCUGUCAGCUGUACAAUCGAAUUAUUCAUCAGAGUUGACUACGAAUAGUCAAACAUAUUCUCGAGAUUGUCGAAAAUCAAAUUAUUACUAUGAAACUAUACGAGUGAAUGUAGUGGAAAAUGCAUACUAUGCUCUGAGUAGUGAUAGCACUAUGGAUACAUAUGGUUAUAUUUACAAAGAUGAUUUUAAUCCAUUGAAUCCUUUCGAGAAUUUACUCUCACAAAAUUAUCGAAGUUGUAGUUAUGAAGAUUUUAAUCUUAUCGUUUAUCUUCACAGUGACACUAAAUAUAUAUUAGUGGUGACAACAUCGUCUCCCAAUAAGACAGGAACAUUUUCUCUUCUAACAUCUGGUCCAAAUAAUAUCACUCUUGAUCCUUACGCUCAAAUUCUGACUACUUGUUUCAUCGGCCAAAAAUGUCAGUUCUACAAAAAAAGUAUUGGUGUAACUCUCGAUGAUAUUUUACGUGACGAAAUUCGACCAAACAUGACAUUGACUGAUCAAACAAUAUUAGUGAAAAUCCAUGCCGCUUCAACGAUGAUUAUGUUUGUAGGAGCACUUUCAUUCAAUCAACGAAGAUUUUGUCCAAGAGCCAUUUGGAAUUCCAAUGGAAUUACCAUUGCUAAUCAAUCGGUAGUUGGUUCGAAUCCUUUCGCCAUUUUUGUGAACACAAACAACACAAUCUAUGUCGCUAAUCGAGAAAAUAACACAAUUCUAAUAUGGCAUGAAGAGAGUGUCAAUCCAACAAAGAUCAUUUCUGGCAAUUUUAUACAACCCUUUUCUCUCUUCGUGACAUCAAAUGGUGAUAUUUAUAUUGAUAAUGGUAUUAAGAAUGGCCGAGUAGAGAGAUGGAUUGCAGAAACAAAUAGCUUUGUCACGGUGAUGAAUGUCAGUUCACAAUGUAAUAGUUUGUUUGUCGAUAUCAAUAAUACUCUUUACUGCUCAGUAUUUUGGGAUCAUCAAGUAGUGAAGAGAUCAUUAAAUGAUGCUAUGAUGGCUUCGAAUCGUAUUGCUGCAGGGACAGGUAUUGAAGGAUCAGCCUCACAUGAACUUCAUGGUCCUCAUGGAAUCUUUGUUGAUGUAAACUUCGAUUUAUAUGUGGCAGAUUGUGUAAAUGAUCGGGUUCAGCUGUUUCAGCCAGCAGAACCAAAUGGGAUCACAGUGGCUGGAAGUGAAUCACCAAAUCCAACAAUUACACUUAACUGUCCAAGUGGAAUUACAUUAGAUGCUGACAAAUAUUUAUUCAUUGUGGAGUUUAACAAUCAUCGCAUUGUUGGAUCAGGCUUGAAUGGUUUUCGAUGUUUAGUUGGAUGUUAUGGAAAGGGUUCACAAUCUAACCAAUUGUAUCGUCCAUUUAGUUUGAGUUUCGAUCGUUCUGGAAACAUGUUUGUUACCGACCAAUCAAAUCAUCGAAUUCAAAAAUUUUCAUUGAUAAAUGAUUCUUCUGGCAAGUUGGAGUAA